GGGGAGAGGCCAUUUCUCCUGGAGCUGCAUGUUUUUGGCUUUUGAACCGAAAGCUUGUGCAGUUUGAAAGUAGGCAAGGACAAUGGAGGAAGCUGAAAGCCAGAAACCUGAGCCGCUCCUGGCUUGUCCAAGAGACAACAGACAGAUGAAGGACCAGGGGAGAAGCAAUCUGCAUGCAGCCUCAUUAGACGAUGCUGAGAGUCUGUGGCCUAAAGAACUCAUUGCUUCUGGACACGGCCAGACUUCUGCAAAGGCAGGCCGCAACAUUCCUCGGAGACACACUGUAGGUGGCCCUAGGAGUUCCAAAGAAAUCCUGGGAAUGCAGGCAUCCGAUAUGGACAAGAAGAGAGAAGCUUUCCUGGAACAUCUAAAACAGAAAUAUCCCCACCACGCCACUGCGAUAAUGGGCCACCAGGAAAGACUGAGAGAUCAGGCUUUGCAGUGCAUGUUGGUCUCCCUCCAUUCAGAACUUGACAUUCAAAGGUACUUGAUGAAAAUUGAAUCCUCUCAGAGAACAAGGAGCCCGAAGCUAUCUCAAAGCCCACAGCCCAGUUUGGGAGAUCAGGUCGAAUACAUAGCAGAAGCAUCUGCUGACUCCCUGGAAAUCAUGUCUGAAGGAGAAACUCCUACUCCUUUCUCAAGAGGAAGCCGUACACGGGCAAGUCUUCCGGUGGUGAGGACAACGAACCAGACAAAAGAAAGAUCGCUUGGUGUUUUAUAUCUUCAAUACGGAGACGAAACUAAACAGCUACGGAUGCCCAAUGAGAUCACAAGCACAGACACUAUCCGUGCCCUUUUUGUAAGUGCCUUCCCCCAGCAGCUGACAAUGAAAAUGCUGGAGUCCCCCAGUGUGGCAAUAUACAUCAAGGAUGACAGCAGAAAUAUCUAUUAUGAAUUAUGCGACGUGAGGAACAUUCAAGACAGAUCUUUCCUUAAAGUUUACAACAAAGACCCUGCACAUGCUUUCAAUCACAUUUCCAGAGCUGUAAAUGGAGAGAUGCAGAGAGAAAUCUUCUCCAACACUUCUCGGCCAGGAUCUGCUGCACAUCCCGCUCAUGCGCUUCCAACCUCUCCACCAGUGACGUCAGUGCCUCACUCAAUGCCCGCUUCCCCAUCCAGGAUCCCCUAUGGCAAUGCCAGGCCACUCAGUGGCCCUGGCAAUGCCACAAUACCCAGGGACCGGCUUUCAAGCAUGCCAGCCUCAAGAUCCAUCUCACCGAGCCCUAGUGCCAUUUUGGAAAGAAGGGACGUGAAGCCCGACGAGGACAUGAGUAACAAAACCCUUGCUCUUUUUCGGAAUGAGGGGCUGUAUGCUGAUCCCUACUUGUAUCACGAAGGCAGGAUGAGCAUUGCAGGUUCGCAUACAGGACACCCUCUUGAUGUACCGGACCACAUCAUUGCUUAUCAUCGUAGCACCAUGAGGUCUUCAAGCACUUACUGUAAUCCUCCUAUGCAGCCUGAAAUCAUGGAGCAAUCUCUGUACCGUCAAAAAUCAAGGAAAUACCAUGACAGCCACUUGCCGACUCUGGGUUCCAAAACACCUCCUGCCUCUCCUCACAGAGUAGCUGACAUACGAAUGAUAGACAUUCACACCCAUCAUAACACCCAAGUGUCUCCUCACACUGUUCACCUUGAAAGGUCAUCUCCAGUCCGCCAAUCCCUUAAGAAAGAUCCAGGGACGCCUGUGUUUGUAGAAGCAAAGCCACGAAAUGCCAUGGGCUUACCCAGCAUGGCUGAGGUAGUCCCAUCUAUCCCUGACAAGAAAACCUUUGGCUAUGGAACAACGGUGAUACCCAAAGAAAAUGAGACCAGAGAGAGGAUGCAAGCCAUGGAGAAACAGAUUGCCAGUUUAACUGGUCUUGUUCAGUCUGCGCUUUUAAAAGGGCCAAAUACAAGUAAUAGCAAAGAUGCUUCUAGUGAGAAGAUGGUGAAAAAUGUAUCCAGUAAAAGUAAUGCUGAGAAGCCAGGAUCUACUCAUGUGUCCAGUGGAAAGAACUCAUUGCUAGCCUCUGAGGCUGCCACUGCCAGUGUUAUGCCGGUUGGUUCCACGACCAUGCAAGUCAGCCUCUUUGACAUGAAAUGCAACGUGUCAGAUCUCCGUCACCAGCUACACCAGAUGAGGCAGCUACAGCUGCAGAACCAGGAGACGCUAAGGGCCAUGGUGAGGAAAGCCGAGCUGGAAAUGAUUGAAAGAGCAAAGAGACUAGAAGAUCCUGUGCAACGACAGCGCCACCUGGUGGAGCAAGAAAGGCAGAAAUAUCUGCACGAAGAGGAAAAAAUUGUGAAGAGCUUGUGUGAGCUGGAAAGUUUUGUUGAAGAUCUGAAGAAAGAAUCUCUGAUAGCUAAUAGGAUCGUUACACUAAAAGAUGUUGAAGAUGGGGCCUUUCUUCUUCGGCAAGUAGGCGAGGCUGUCGCCACCCUCAAAGGUGAAUUUCCAGCGUUACAGAAUAAAAUGCGUGCCAUUCUCCGUAUUGAAGUGGAAGCUGUGAGAUUUUUGAAGGAGGAACCUCAUAAACUAGACAUUCUACUAAAGAGAGUUCGCAGCAUGACUGAUACCCUCACCACACUCCGGAGGCACGUUACAGAGGGUCUGCUGAAAGGUGCAGAUCCUGCACAAGCUGCACAGUACAGUGCCAUGGAAAAACCAACAGUGGCAGAAGUUCUGAAAAACCAAGGUGACGUCACCAAGAGCCCCCCUUUUCCACAGCAAAAUGUAGCUGAACCCCCAGCAGAGCCAUCCGUCAAGUCAGAGGUGAUCCCUUUCUCCACCACGAAAGCCCAUCAUGUGCAAAGCUGUCAGGUGGCCAUCCAUCAAUCUCAGCAUUCGACCGCCUUGGUCAGCCCUGUCCCAAAUUCUCCUGGGGCAAACAGCCCCACAGCAGGUUCAUCUGCAUCAAACCAACCGACUCCUGCCAUGCCAGAGUCUGCGGCGGCAGUGGGGAUAACCACCCAGCAAACGCAGGUGCCUCACUCACCCCAGGUUUCGGUGAAUGGCUCCACCAUGCAAAGCCUUUUUAUGGAAGAACUUCACAACGCCAGUACCAGGAACAGAGCUCUAUCAAUUGAGAAAGCAGAGAAGAAAUGGGAAGAGAAAAGGCAGAACCUCGAUCACUACAAUGGAAAGGAAUUUGAAAAACUCCUUGAAGAAGCACAAGCAAACAUCAUGAAAUCAAUUCCAAACCUUGAGAUGCCUCCACAAGCCACAGGCUCGCCUAAAGCUGACACCGCAGAAACAAUAGAAGUCUCUGAAGAGACUCCCAACGCAGAGCAGGAGACUGAAAAGCCAGUGAAGUCUCCACCUCCUCCGCCUCCACGUCGCAGCUAUCUGAUAGGAUCUGGAAUAAGCACAAGACUGAGUGAAGUCAGUUACGUGACCAGGAAGGACAGCACUAUGGUCAAGGAAAGCAAUGAAGAUGCUGCUCAGGGAACCCAGCCAAAAGCACCGAAAGAAGAGCAUGCCUCUCUUCAACCCCUGCUUAUGGGCACAGUUCCACCUACAAAGGAUGAGGAAGAAGAGGAAGGAGAGAGAAUAAUGGCAGAAUUACAGGCUUUCCAGAAGUGCUCUUACAUGGAUGUAAACUCAAACAGCCAUGUUGAACAGUCCAGAAAUGACACACACACAAAAGAUGCAAGGCCUAUGGCCUUAAUACAUCCCAAGGAGAAGAAGGUGUGUGGGGAGGCAACAAAAGAUAGUGACCAUCCCAAGGACAAGACAGAAGGGAAAAUGGAAGAGAUGGUCCUGGAUGCUUCCAGCAUCACUGAAAACUCUGCCUUCAGCAAAGAUUUGCUUUUGGGGAAUAUGGAAUAUGCCCACAAAAAUCCUUAUAAGCUGUUAGAAAAUGAAAGAAAAAGGGGCCCUGAAGAAGCACAAAAUCCAGCACUUGAAACUGGAAGACAGAAGUUAAGCAAUGCUGUAGUGAGAGAGGCUGGUUAUAGUUCACCCCAGAAUGAGUCUCUGGAAGGUGCAGGGGCACCUCUUGCCAGACAAACAGACACACACACUCAGGAGAUUUCUCUUAACUCUGUACAGGAGCAAGAAAUGCCUGCUGGUGCCUAUAAUCAAGUUAUGCGGGGGCAUAAGGUAUCUAGGAACGUUACCUUAAAUAAUAUCAAUGAGGUAGAAUUGUCAACUAGCUCUCCAGGUGAAGAUAAUGCACAAUCAGAGAACAUUGCUUUCAUGAUCACCAAAACAGCAGUCCAGUUUCUGUCUAGCGGAGAGGUCCAUGAUAUAGUAAACAGGCAGGGAGAAGAUGUGCAGACUGUCAACAUUGAUUCGAAAAAGGAAAUGACAUCCCAACAAGGGGUGCUAGAGAAUUGCGAAAGUGAAGAGCCAGUUGUCUGCCUGGACAAAAAACCAGUCAUCAUUAUUUUUGAUGAACCAAUGGAUAUCCGAUCAGCUUAUAAAAGACUUUCAACAAUAUUCGAGGAAUGUGAUGAAGAGCUGGAAAAAAUGAUGACGGAAGAUAAGAUAGAGGAAGAAGAGGAAGAACCUGAGACCCCUGAUGCUCAUAACACAGAUGUUAUCCAAGCAAAUCAUAAUAGGAGUCAUGGGGCUGAUGACACAGCAAAUCACACAUUCAAGCAGCAGUUUGGACAAGGUUCUCCAUCUAAUUUGGCAGCUCAAGCCAAACUCCUUGAAGGGCAGGAAAUGGACCAGAUGGAUCUCAGGAAAUCUAGUUACAUUUAUGGACCGCAUCCAGAAUCAAAGCUGGAUGCUCCCGAUACAAAAAAAAAAUUUAAGUUUAAAUUCCCUAAAAAGCAGCUGGCUGCUCUUACUCAGGCAAUCCGCACAGGGACUAAAACUGGCAAGAAAACUUUGCAAGUGGUAGUGUACGAAGAGGAAGAGGAAGAUGGCACUGUGAAACAGCACAAAGAGGCAAAAAGAUUUGAAAUCGCUAGCUCUCAGCCUGAUGAUGCUUCUGGGAAGGACGAGCCAAACUUAACAGUACAGACUUCUAGGACUGAAGAAAUUAGAAAGAAUACAUAUAGGACCCUGGACAGUCUGGAGCAGACUAUUAAGCAGCUGGAGAGCACCAUUAGUGAGAUGAGUCCAAAAUCUGUUUCUGAAGGCACAGGUGGAUUGGAGGGAACUUCUGUCCCGGACUUUUUCUCACCAAAAGAAUGCAUAGUGCCGGAAGAGAUUAAAGCUGAUGUUGAAUCCCCUUCCUCAAUACCGUCAACUUCACGUAAGGGUUCAACCAGCACUUCACAGACAAGCAGAAUGCCAAUCCCUGCAGCCACAAAAAGUAGACAGCAAGGCAACACGGACAAAACAAGCAAGCCGCACAAGCUACAGGAUCAGCGCCAAUACAGACAGGCUAAUGGAAGUGCUAAGAGAGCUGGUGGGGACUAUAAGGCUACUUCCCCUAACCUGUCUGCUUCAAAAAUUCCAGCCUUUUCUUCCACCUCUGGGAAAAGUAGCUCUGUGCCUAGUGGUGAUAGCACUAACCUUCUGAGCCCACCUACUAAAGCUUCUGUUCCUUCUUCUAACCCUCUCAGUCCUCCAACAGGUCGCCCUCCUCAUUCUGCUUCCUUAAUCCCCUCUGUUUCUAAUGGCUCCUUAAAGUUCCAGAAUCCUCCUCACACAACAGGUAAAGGUCACCAUCCUCUUCCAUUCUCAAUACAGACUCAAAAUGGCCGGCCACCCCCUCUUCCUCCAUCUCCCUUUUCCUCAUCCUCCUUCUCCUCUCCCUCUUCCACCUCUCCCACCUCACUGAAUCAAGGUUUGAAGAGCAUCCGGUCAAUCCACACACCCAGCUUCACCAGCUACAAGUCCCAGAAUGGAAGUGUGAACAAACCCACCCCAUCUUCCUCCAUCACCAAGGAAUCGUCUUAAAAGCUGUAUAUUGGCCUGUCCAAGUGAUGCCCAAGUCUUCUCAGUUGUGGUUGACAUUGCAACCAAUAUUCUAGCUGAGCAAUGUGUACCAAUCUUGCUGUAUAAUUUCAGGCUUAACUACAAAACCUGUGCUAAAUACUGGGCUAUUGCAAAGGACAGACAGAAAGUAGUUUUGUAUGUAUUCAUUGCUGUUGAAACACCAGGGUGGGAUUUCCCUUCAGCCAGAAACUGUUACAAAAAGUACAACAGGGUGUGAGUGAACUAAAAGUGUGAGUGCACAGAAAUGCAUCAAGCAUGAAAAAAUGUAUUAAAGUGAGUUAUUUUGUAUAAAGCUAUUUUUAAGUAUGAGAAUUAAACAUUGUGUGAUGAUGCAAAAUUAUAAAACUGAAGCUAAAAUAUUUUUCUUUUAUUUUAGUGUUAUUCAAAUUUGUUACAGAUUUCUAUUUUUGUCCGGGGGAGGGGGGAGAAUCUUCAUGGUUACUUUGAAUGAUCUUUUUUGCCAAAACAUUUGAUACUAUUAUAAUGUACAUUUUGAUAGAAGUAUGCAAAACACUUCCUCUGCACAAGCGACAGAUUUAAGGCAGACACUGAUGUGUAGGAAGCAACUUUACCUAUUGCACUGCCAUUCAGAUUAUAUUUAAUAAUUUGCAAUGCCAAGGAGAAAAUUCUUUUUACAUUUAGGCAUUUGCUGAUUUCUUUUAGCUCCCUUCGUUUUCCAUUUUAUUGAGACCUGGGUAAAUCAUGUAGUAUUGCAAUGUGGAUUUUUAAAAAGUGUAUACUUCUGUACUGUUCUGUAUAAUGGAAAACCUUUGUACAUAUUAUAAUAUAAAUAUAUAAAUAUAUAUAUUAAAAAUAUAAAUACUGUAUGUGGCUGGGCACAGACAGAAUAGUUUUCAACACCAAAGGUCCAUUUUAUGCAUGGUUCUCAAGUACACUUUGGGAAAAGGUCACUGAGAGAUUGAUGGGAGUGGGGGGGGGAUUGGGUUGGUUUUAAAAAGCAACAUGCGUGCAAAGCGAGUGUCGUUUGUAAAUAUCUUAUUUGUACAUCUCCAUAAUAUAAUAUACAGAAGCAAAAACAAACAAAACAAAAAACCUUUGCAAAAAUAAAGGGCUGCAUGCUUACAUUUUGGUGGUUUU